AUGGCGAAGACCGACGACGCUAGGGAUGAAAUAAGGUCGUUUCGGCAACUAUCGAGUGAACCGUUACAUGAAGCAUUCACUCGAUUCAAAGAAUUGAUCCGAAAGUGCCCACAUCAUCAAAUCGAAAGGUGGGAGUUGGUUAAAUGCUUCGUGAGGGGUUUAGAUGAUGAGACGUGGAACCGCCUUGAAUCGACCAGCAAUGGAACUCUAUUAAGCAAUCACGAGGAUGACGAUUGGGAGUUCCUAGAAAGAAUGAGUAAAAGGUCAAAAGCGAAAGAGUCAGCUGAUCGAGCCAAAAAGCACCCCACCUCAAGGUCUUGGCCCGAUCGUGAUGUGAAUUCUAAAGAUCGAAUUGAAACGUUAGAGCGGGAGUUCGCUCGCAUGAAGAAAAGAGAAGUGAAUGCGGUGCAAUAUGCCGUAUGUGAGGAAUGCGGAGACAUCGGUCACCGGACCGAGAAUUGUCAAGCCACCGUGGAGGUGAAUCAAGUGUAUGGGGACCGAAGGUAUGGUAAUUCCUCCAACCAAAUGAACCCGAAUUUCCAAUCGGGAAAUCAAGGUGGGUAUUCGCACCAAACUCGCCAAAGAGGUUACAACCAAGAUGGUCACGGGUCGAUGAAUAAUCAAGGAGGUGGCGGUGAUUUGAAUGCAAAGAUGGAUGUAAUGCUUUCGAUGAUGCAAGAGUCCAAGAAAGAGAAUGAAAUUCGGGACAAAUCGCAUGAAGCAUUAGCAAAACAAGUGGGCCAACUUGCGGAGGAAAUGGCUCAAAUGAGGGGAAGCAUGGGAAAGCUCCCAAGUGACACUACAGUGAACCCGAAGCAUCAAGGUUCAAACACAAGCAACGUGAGGAAUGCACGCGUUAACGCGGUAAGUAUUCUUUUAAAUGAUGAAGUUUGUAGUGUCGAAAGCAUUCCACCACCACAAUUAGUUGAUGGUGUAGUGGAAAAUAUAAAUGAUAAGCUGGAAAUUGAAAAUGAACAAGAAACGACUUCACAAAGUAAAAUUGAAAAUGUAACUAAAAAAUCUUUUUGUGAAAAUUGUUUAAAUCAACUUAACCCGAUUAAUGCAUCAAAAUUUGAAGAGCGUUUCCCACCAAAGGACGAGAGGUGGGAAAAUUUUAAACAAGCAAAAAUUAAUUUACCGUUACUCGAUGACAUUAAAAAGGUUCCGGCUCAUGUGGAAUGCUUAAAGGAGUUAAGCAUCGAAAAACGGCACAACAAAUUACCCGAACCGGUUGAUUUGAUAUCUCAUGUUAGUGCCGUUCUAUCGAGUGCCCUUCCUAAAAAAGCUCAAGAUCCGGGAGACCCUCUUAUUCCAAUUCAAAUUGGAACCUUCAAAAUUAAGAGGGCGCUCCUCGAUCUUGGAGCUUGUGUGAGCAUUUUACCCGGGAGUUUGUAUGACCAAUACGAUUUUGGUCCAUUAAAAAAAUUUGAUACUCCCGUUGUAUUGGCCGAUCAGACUCCCACGCAUCCAAGGGGGAUGGUGGAGGAUGUGAUUGUUAAGGUGGAUGAUUGCUACUACCCAGUUGACUUUUUGGUAGUAGACUAUGUUGGGUGUGUUGAGGACACCCAACCGGUAGUUAUACUGGGUAGACCGUUCCUGGCAACUGCUAAUGCCAUAAUAAAUUGUGCAACAGGAACGGUAAGCAUGAAAUUUGGGGACCGGGAAUUAAAUUUAAAUGUUUUUCCAAAUUUUACUAACCCGCUCGGUGAGGAUAAGUGUCCUAAAAAGGACAUGAAUCCAAACAAAAAGCUAUGUGCUAUGGUUGGUAGGUUUGGAGAAACAAAGAAGAAGACGGUCAAGAAAAAGAGGGCGAAGAAGUCACCUCUAGAAAAGAAGAAGGAAGAGGAGGUGAGGAAAUUUGGACCGUUUGGCAACAAAUGGUAUGAAUCACCGGUGGGUGAUUUCGAGGAGUUCGUAGGCGGCAAGCACGCCAUUCGACCACCAUGA